AUGAAAUUUGCAAUCCGCCUAUGCUGUGUCCUGGCUGUGCUCUUCUGCCUGGCGAGCUGUGAAGGUGCCCAGACUAGGGAUCAAGAUCGCCAGAGGCUGCAGCAACUCCAAGUCCUAAGUAAGCGGGCGAACAACUCGAACACCCAGCUAAGGAUCACCCACGAAGCCGUUCAGAUCUACAAAAGAUAUAGGGGCCGGGCUGCAGCGGGGGUCAAUGUGGAGAAGACGCUGAACAACAGAGUUCGGGACUUCGAGUCAAAGGUUGUGAUCGUUGACGGUGUGCCAAGGCAGGGCGGUGCUUUCUGGGAGAGCAUCAAGGGCGCGACCGGCCAAAUUCCCGAUGAAGUGUGGCAAAAUGCCCAGAAUUUUUUCAAAACUUCAUCCAAGACAUUGGUGGAAGGAAUAGUCACCUAUCUGAUGAACUUGCUAGUUCAAAGUGUAGGCGUUGUAGGGAAGUAGAGAAGGAGUUGCAAGUAGCAGG